CUGGAUAGUAAAUGAAGGUAAAAUCCUUCCUUAUCUCAUAUUUUAUACGCAGUAUGAAAUCUGUAACAGGAUUUUUACUUUUCUUAAGUAUCGCUACACCCUCCGCUGGUCAGUCCUGUCCCGGGGGGUGGUACCACUUCGGUACCUCCUGUUAUGCAUUCAUUGAUGCGGAACCUUUAGAGUGGACGGAAGCCAUGUUUUAUUGUAGUACUCUUCAUGCAAAGUUGGUUGAAAUAGAAACUGCCGCUGAAAAUGCUUUCCUGAAGAGUCAUUUGACUUUUAGUCACACCAAUGACACUUAUUGGAUGGGUUUGACAGACGCUUUAGUGGAGGGAAAGUUUGUUUGGCAGAUGACACAAGAUGACGUCGUGUUUGUGGAUUGGGCUCCGCGCGAACCAAACGAUAUGGCUCACAAGGAGGACUGCGCGACUCUCGAAUUUGGCUACCAGUAUAGGUGGAAUGAUGCGCCAUGCUCCAACAAAUAUGAUUUUAUAUGCGAACGAGAAAUUGAAGGAAAUCCGAAUGUCAUUGGAUAAUUACCUACCUACCAGAAGAACUGUAGCUCAACAAUUCCAUUGACAUUUCCGAAAUAAAAAAAAAUAUAUUUAAAAGUCACUAGAA